CUGGCUCACAUGAAACUGAAAAGCCCUUUAAAAACAUCCCCACUUACUUACACUUUUCAGUUUCCAGUUUCCAUCCAAAAUAGAAGAUGAAAAACAAAGGAAGAAGCGUACUAAGCUUAUUCACAAGCUGUUCACCAAAGCGACAACUGAAACAAAUUCCCUCAUCCACCCAACCUAAACAGAGGUCCAAAUCCAUCUCCAACUCCUCAACCUCCUCGAAGCAUGUCCGUGUUAACUUGGAGGAGAUCAAAUGGGCGUUUGACAAAUUUGACACGAACAAAGAUGGGAAGAUCUCGUUUGAGGAGUACAAGGCUGCGCAUGGAGCGAUGUCGGGAAGCAAAGAGAUCUCUGAUGCGGAGGCGGCGAAGUCGUUCGAGUUUGUGGAUGCGGAUGGAGAUGGAUUUGUGGAGUUGAAGGAGUUCGUGGAGUUGUACACGAUGAGCGGCGGGGAGGUGAAGAUGGGGGACGUACAAAGCGCUUUCAAAGUGUAUGAUUCUAAUGGAGAUGGCAAGAUAAGCGCGGAGGAGGUGAUGGAGAUCAUGAAGAUAUUGGGGGAGAGCACCACCCUGAAGGCCUGCCGCCAAAUGGUGAAGGGUGUGGACAAGGAUGGGGAUGGCUUUAUUGAUAUCGAUGAGUUUUCGAGCCUCAUGGGUACGUAUUCGUUUAAGCAUUAGGAGUCAUAAGGCUGAGGCUAUGCUAUGGUUCAAUGUUGGACAACAGAAUUUUAAGCUUCAAAUACUUAUUAUUAUUGUAGUGAUUACCUUAAUGUUAUCAUGGGUACCUUAGUGUUGGUUAUGUGCCACUACUACAAGUAGUAAUGAAUAGUGUGGAUGUGAUGUCUAUUGAAUUUUCA